GGUCGGGCGUCUUUUCCAUCGCCAUCCCCAGCCGCACAUCACCAUCGACUCCGGCCGCACAAAAUUCCAGUCCAGAUCCGGCCGCAUCGCUGACCUCCGCCAUCGCCAACUCGCUCUGCGAUCACCCCUACUCCGUUUACCCAGAAUCCCCUCGUCGUCGACAUCAUCACCACCGCCAGUCCUCUUCCUCUUCACCAGCACAAGUCGCCGCGUCUUCUCCGAAUUCGCCGCGUCUCCUCCAACAUCGCCGCGUCGCCGCGACGCUGCUCUGAUUCCGCGUCGCUGCUCUGAUCGCCGCGUCGUUGCUCUGCUCUGACCAGCAACUACGGAAAGCGGAGUUCGCCCUUCCGAAUUCGCCGAAUUCGCCGCGUCUCCUCCAACAGACAGCAAGCGAACCUGGAGUUGAAGGCUCUCGAUUGGAAGCUUUUGCUUAGUUCUUCUACAGUCAUGGCUAGGCAAGGAAGAACGAAACGAAAAGGAGCUGAUCCUAAUGGAAGUUCCAAGAGAGCACACAUCAGCAAGGCAAAACAAGUGGUUACUCAGCCAGCCCUUCCAUCGGAGAAUGAUGUCUCUUCCACCUUUGGAAAACCACAAAUCCCAGCCUCAGCUAAGCAAAGGUUUGAUUUUCUUUCUAAGCGUCAGGUGAUUUCGUCUAAAUUCUUUGAUGAUAAGGUGAUAAGAGAUGAUGAAGUGAAGCAGAGAGUGUAUGAUUAUUUGAAGAAUCUAAGGUGGAGCAAGUUUACAGAGUUGCGCUUCAAGUCGUAUCCCAUCCUAGUUAGAGCAUUCUUGGCCACUUUUGAGUUUGAGGACAAGGGUAGUUUCAGCAGACUCAAAUUUGAAUUGAAUGGGCAGAAAUAUGAUCUUAGUAUAGUCCAAGUUCAUAAUGCCCUGAAGUUUGAGGGCAUGACUUGUGGUCCAGCUCAUAGUGAUCUUAAUGAACAUGAAUUUUGGAAGAGUAUUUCCACGGAAUCGAAGUUUACUUCUCGGACAUCUCGCAGAACGGCUCUACAUGAUGUUGCUCUUAUAUACAUCCAUGAGUUCAUAUUAGAAGCUAUCUUUGGCAGGGUGAAUGAUAAACCAGGGGUGCACAAGUGUGACUUUCAAUUAUUCUACAGCUGUGUUACAGGUCAUUCAUUCUGUUUGGGGUAUUGGUUGGGCAAGUGUCUUCAAAACUGUGCGCAAAAAAAUGUGGGACAUAUUCGAGUAGGAGGAGUGAUUACUGCUCUUGCGGAGGCAUAUUGUGAUUUCCCCAAAAACCCCAUUGGUAUUGAAGUAGCUAGAGGUGAGCUUACAUGUAAGGAAGAUACUUUUCGCCGGAUGAACCUGAUAUACAAGCCUGUUCCGAUGGAACCAUACCAGCCGGUUCAAAAGGGCAUGAAGGAUGAGACACCAGAGACACCAGAUCCUACUUCUACUGCAGAUUUGUUCGAGGCUACCAAUCCACCAGCUGCCACCACUAUUUCUCCACCGUCCGCUUCACCACCAAUCACCUACAUCAGUCCCUCCGAUCCAUGGCAAGCCAUUGAGCACACUCAACGUCGAUUGGAGGAAUUCUUUAGGCAUACGGGCUAUACUUGCAACAUUGGCUCGUUCCAGCGUAUUAAUGAUCCCGGGCAAAGUGCCCCACCACCAUCCGCUUGAGUUGUACCAAUCUCUGUGGGACGAUAGUUUAGUUUCUUUAUUACAACGACGCUAUAUAUCCUUCCUUUUUCCCCGUUUAACAGUCAACCUCAAUUUAA